AUGUCACGCACACGCCUGCCGCCGACCCCUGCCAUGUCGGGGGAGUUCAUCAUCAAAGACAAUGCAUCGGUGGAUGCCUCCGACUCAUUCACAUUGCCUCCGGCUGCUAUCAGUCCGUCUAAGAUGGAAAGUGCUAGCAGGCGAUCGUCCGCUUGCUUCCCAGCAUCUCCAGCAUCACCGGAUCUUGCACUGGGCAUCAUGGCAAACUCCCCUCGUCAAACCGGUGUCAAGAGACCCCUCGAGGACUUUGAUCUCCCACCACCCCCCACACGCACUCGCAAAAUCAUCCAGAUGAAACCCAAAACUCAAGCCCCACCCAAGCCGACCGCAACGGCCAACAAAGCCUCCGCGAAGGACAACAAGACUCCGUCCAACAAUGCCGCCUCGGCCAACUCCAAAAAGAAGCAACCCAGCGCAACUAGUGCAGCUGGCCGAAAGAUUGCCAGGAAGACGGCUCAUAGCUUGAUUGAACGGCGGCGGAGGUCGAAGAUGAAUGAGGAAUUCGCUACCCUGAAGGACAUGAUCCCGGCUUGCAAAGGACAAGACAUGCACAAACUCGCGAUCUUACAGGCAAGCAUUGACUACGUCAACUAUCUAGAGCAGUGUAUAUCUGAUCUCAAAACUGCCGGCAAUCGACAUACACAGGUCUCUCCAAGAAUGCCGCCGGCUCCUCCUUCGCCAACAUCACCUGAAGCUCUGGCAGAAGAAUCGGGUCUUUCAUCCUCGCCCUCUGUGUCCCCAGAACUGCCUCCGACUGAUGCCACAACGGACGCAAUUUCCCCCCUCUUUUCUCCUCGAAGUCGUGGGCCUACCGGGACAGUAACCGACUUUGCAUCAUCAAUCACGCCGAGCCCUGCACUGGGCCCAACCCACCCAUCUCAAAAUCCAACCCAUUCGGGGCAGUGCACAUGGGCUGUGUCUUCCUCCAGCGCCUCCCCAGUGAUCCAACCCCGGUACUCCAUCGCGUCUUCGGCUGACGUUGAUCAUGAAGCGUCCGCUGCCCUGCUGAUGCUGAAUCGAGACUGCCGGGGAUCCGUAGGCUCGGCUCAUGACGUGCCCGCCGAUUCCCUUUCCCGGUUGCGGGAGCUUGGAAAACCCCACCCCCAGGACCCACAAAGGAAGAUCGGGAUGAGUGUCAAGGAUCUGCUUAUCUCCUAG